AUGACCAAGAUGAUCCGCGUCGUCGUCCCCCGCACCGUGGCGCGUCCGAUCAAGGCCCAGCAGGCUGCGCAGCGGCGCGCGAUGCGCGGCGUCAGCCCCCGCGCGGCGAGCGGCCCGGAAGGCGAGGAGCUGGCGAAGGCGCCCCGCGAGAUCAGCCCGAAGGUCGUGACGGGCAUGAUGCGGUCCAUCGAGGACGAGAUGGACAGCCUUAUGCGUGAGGCUUUCGGCGCGUGGUCGGGCCGCGCGUCCCCGAUGCACAGCGCCCUCUCCCUCCUCGGGCGCGCCUUCCCGGAGGCCGAGCUCCCGGCGCGCCGCCUCGAGGCCGCGCCCGCGGCGUGGCGCAUCCGCUUCGACAUCGCGGAGACCGACGAGGCGUACACGCUGCACGCCGACGUGCCGGGCCUCACCAAGGACGACGUGUCCGUGGAGAUCGAGGACAACAUGCUGGUCGUCAAGGGCGAGCGCCAGGCGCAGAAGGCCGAGGAGGACAAGGAGGGGACGUGGCGCCUGAUGGAGCGCACGCACGGGUCCUUCGAGCGGCGCUUCCCGCUGGACCCGGAGCGCGUGGACAUUGACGCCAUGGAGGCCAAGGUCGCGCACGGCGUGCUGACGAUCGUCGUGCCCAAGGUGCCCGUCCAGGAGCCCGAGAAGCCCGCGCCGAAGAAGAUCGAGGUCCGCGGGGAGUGA